AUGGCUUCCCGUUUGUUCAGAUCAUCUAUCACUGCUGCCCGCAUGGCGUCGGUCCUACCGCGGGCGACCACUGCGCCUUUAAUCCGCCACUUGCACGUUGGUCGGCCUCUUUUUGUGAAAGUUGGCCAGGAGGUGCCCAAUCUGGAGGUCCUUGUCGAGGACAGCCCGGGUAACAAGGUCAAUCUCGCCGAGGAAUUUCAGAAGGGUGACGGCCUCAUCAUUGGCGUGCCAGGCGCCUUUUCUGGUGCUUGCUCGCAGACACAUGUUCCUUCAUACAUUACGCACCCCAAGCUGAAGAACGCUGGGCAAGUCUUCGUUGUGUCCGUCAACGAUGCUUUUGUGAUGAAAGCAUGGGGUGACUCCCUGGACCCAACUCAUGACUCUAAGAUCCGAUUUUUGGGAGACCCUGCUGGUGAGUUCACCAAGGCUCUAGACCUUGAUUUCGAUGCCUCUGCCUUUUUUGGCAACGACCGCUCCAAACGCUAUGCUCUUGUCAUCGAGAACGGUAAAGUCAAGAGUGCCCAUGUCGAGCCCGACAACACAGGAACGGAUGCCACCAUCACCAUUCCUCGACUACCAAAGCGGAAAGCCGCUGAGGCGACGGCAACCACCGAGGGCCGCUCUCUUCGCCAGAGGAGGCAACCGCCCGAGGGCUUGAAGCAAGCCACAGACACCAAGGCGCCUACACCGGCGACAACGGCGACAACAACCAGAGGUACUAGGAGUACGAAUCUCCCGAUAAUCUCUGAGGGAGCGUCGAAUCCGACACCUGCUUUGUCUUCUCCCCAGGACGGACCGCCGACACCACAGACGGCCGUUUCUACCGCCAUGGAGUCCGACGACGACUUCUUGUCGAACAUGUCAAGCGAGGACGAUGCUAUGCACGAUGAUAGUGACAACGGUUUACUGUCAGGAGGUGAAGAUUUUGACGACUUCGAAGAAGAGCCGGAUGAUAUCGACAUCGACAUCGUUAAGGAUGUAGCGGCUGACGAUAAACGAAAACACGCAUAUGAAGUCGAUUUUAAAGUCUAUGAACCGAGGGACCUUGACCGACAACAGGAGGAACUCAUGGACGAAGUCAACAUGAUCCUCGAAAUGCGACCCGAAGACGCAGCUAUCCUCCUCCGCCACUUCCGUUGGAACCGGGAGCGUCUCAUAGAGGAAUACAUGGAGAGCCCUUCCAAUGUUCUGGAAGCCGCCGGGCUUGGGGCCGACGUUGUCGGACUGCCGAGGCUGGAGGUCAUUCCUGGUUUCACUUGUGACAUAUGUUGCGAGGACGACGAAGGAUUGGAAACUUUUGCAUUAAAGUGCGGCCACCGUUACUGCGUGGACUGCUAUCGCCAAUAUUUGACACAGAAAAUCCGCGAAGAGGGCGAAGCGGCAAGAAUACAGUGCCCCACGACCAAUUGCGGCCGCAUCAUUGACGCCAAGUCCCUGAGCAUUCUUGUCACUCCGGACCUUUCUGAUCGCUACCACGAACUGCUUAAUCGCACGUACGUCGAAGACAAGGAUUCGCUGAAGUGGUGCCCUGCGCCCGAUUGUGAGAAUGCCGUGGAUUGCCACAUCAAGAAAAAGGACUUAGACCGCAUUGUCCCUUCUGUCGAAUGCAGCUGUGGCUACCGUUUCUGCUUCGGCUGCUGCCUGAAAGACCACCAGCCUGCUCCAUGCAAGCUUGUGAAGCAGUGGUUGAAGAAGUGUGCCGACGAUUCCGAAACUGCCAACUGGAUUUCUGCAAACACAAAGGAAUGUCCGAAGUGCAACUCAACAAUCGAAAAAAACGGCGGCUGCAAUCACAUGACUUGUAGAAAGUGCAAGCACGAGUUUUGCUGGAUGUGCAUGGGACUCUGGUCGGAGCAUGGUACCAGUUGGUACAAUUGCAACCGUUUCGAAGAGAAGAGCGGUACUGAAGCUCGUGAUGCACAAGCAAAAUCUAGAGUUUCCUUGGAGCGAUAUCUGCACUACUACAAUCGAUACGCAAACCACGAGCAGUCAGCCAGGUUGGACAAGGAUAUUUACACACGUACCGAACAAAAGAUGGUCCAGUUGCAGACCUCUUCAGGCAUGUCUUGGAUUGAGGUACAGUAUCUGAACGCCGCGUCACAGGCGCUGCAGACCUGUCGCCAGACGUUGAAGUGGACAUAUGCUUUCGCUUUUUACCUUGCUCGGAAUAACAUCACAGAGAUGUUCGAGGACAACCAAAAGGAUCUCGAGAUGGCCGUGGAGGCACUGUCAGAAAUGUUCGAAAAGCCGGUCAGCGAUCUGUCGGAGGCCAAGAUGAAGGUGGACAUCAUGGACAAGACUGCGUACUGUAACAAACGGCGCGUGAUUCUCCUGGAGUACACGGCCGACAAUCUUGCACACGGACGUUGGACGUUUAAUAACGACCACAAUUUGGCGUCUGCGGCGACGGCUAAACCCGCUGCAAAUGCGCGACCAUGA